UUUAGGAGGAGACAGAGCGAGACGGAGACCGCGGCCGCGGCUGCAGGAUGCAGGCUCCAUGGGACUGCUCUGGUUCCUGUCCUUCCUGCAUUCCACCUUCUUUGGGGAUGAGGUGCUGGAGGAGCUGAAGAUGUCUGGCUCCAUAGCAUCCUAUGACCAGCUGGUGCGGCAGGUGGAGGCGCUGAAGAAGGAGAACACCCAUCUGCGCAGGGAGCUGGAGGACAACUCCAGCCACCUCUCCAAGCUAGAGAAUGAGACCUCGGACAUGAAGGAAGUCCUGAAGCACCUUCAGGGCAAACUGGAGCAAGAGGCCCGAGUCAUGGUGUCCUCCGGACAGACAGAGGUUCUGGACCAGCUGAAAGCUCUGCAGAUGGACAUCACCAGCCUCUACAACCUGAAGUUCCAGCCUCCCGCCCUGGCGCCCGAGCUCGCCUGCCCCGAGGGCAGCCCCGUGCACUCAGCCGCUCCCCAGAAGAAGGACAGCAUGGGGGAGCUGAGUCGAGCCACCAUCAGGAUGCUGGAGGAGCUGGACAGAGAGAGGUGUUUCCUGCUGAGCGAGAUUGAGAAGGAGGAGAAGGAGAAGCUCUGGUACUACACGCAGCUGCAGAGCCUCUCCACGCGCCUGGACGAGCUACCUCACGUGGAGACGUUCUCUAUGCAGAUGGAUCUGAUCCGGCAGCAGCUGGAGUUCGAGGCCCAGCACAUCCGCUCGCUCAUGGAGGAGCGCUUCGGGACGACCGACGAGAUGGUGCAGAGGGCUCAGAUCCGAGCGUCCCGCCUGGAGCAGAUCGACAAGGAGCUGAUGGAGGCUCAGGACCAGGUGCAGAUGUCGGAGCCGCAGCUGUGUGGGAAGCUGUCUGGCAUGGAAGGGGGCAGGAGCCUGGACAUCCCAACGCAUCCCGAGGAGGGAGGGAGCCACCUCAGCAACAAUAAGGUGGAAGUGGUCUUCUGGCUCCUGUCCAUGCUGGCCACCCGGGACAAGGACGACAUGUCCCGCACCCUGCUGGCCAUGUCCAGCUCACAGGAGAGCUGCCUGGCCAUGCGCAAGUCUGGCUGCCUCCCACUCCUCAUCCAGAUCCUGCACGACACGGACAGGGAGCCGGGAGGCCCCCAGAGCCCCGGCAGCGGCAAGGACUCCCGCAUGCGGGCCAACGCCGCCCUGCACAACAUCAUCUUCUCGCAGCCCGAUGAGGGCCAGGCCAAAAAGGAGAUGCGGGUGCUGCAUGUGCUGGAGCAGAUCCGCUCCUACUCGGAGACCUGCUGGGACUGGCUACAGAUGCAGAUGCAGAGCAAAGACGGGGGCAAGGGCCCCGAGGGCAGCGCCGUGCCGGUGCCCAUCGAGCCGCAGAUCUGCCAGGCCACAUGUGCCGUCAUGAAGCUCUCCUUCGACGAGGAGUACAGGCGGGCCAUGAACGAGCUGGGAGGUCUCCAGGCCGUGGCUGAACUGCUGCAGGUGGAUUAUGAGAUGCACAAAAUGGCCAGCGACCCUCUGAACCUGGCGCUGAGGAGAUACGCGGGCAUGGCGCUGACCAACCUCACCUUUGGGGAUGUGGUGAACAAGGCGACUCUGUCCUCCCGCCGGGGCUGCAUGCAGGCCAUUGUGGCCCAGUUGGCCUCCGAGAGCGAGGAGCUGCACCAGGUGGUCUCCAGCAUCCUGCGGAACCUCUCCUGGAGGGCAGACAUCAACAGCAAGAAGACCCUGCGCGAGGUGGGCAGCGUGACCGGCCUGAUGCAGUGCGCCCUGCGUGCCACCAAGGAAUCCACCCUGAAGAGUGUCCUCAGCGCCCUGUGGAACCUGUCCGCUCACAGCACCGAGAACAAAGCGGCCAUCUGCCUGGUGCAGGGCGCCCUGGGCUUCCUGGUGAGCACCCUCACCUACAAGUGCCAGAGCAACUCACUGGCCAUCAUCGAGAGCGGAGGCGGUAUCCUGAGGAACGUGUCCAGCCUGAUCGCCACCCGGGAGGAUUACAGGCAAGUGCUCCGGGACCACAACUGCCUGCAGACCCUGCUGCAGCACCUCAAAUCCCACAGCCUCACCAUCGUCAGCAACGCCUGCGGGACCCUCUGGAACCUCUCCGCCCGGAGCCCCAAAGACCAGGAGCUGCUGUGGGACCUGGGGGCCGUCAGCAUGCUGCGCAACCUCAUCCACUCCAAGCACAAGAUGAUCGCCAUGGGCAGCGCCGCCGCCCUCCGGAACCUGCUCACCAACCGACCCCUCAAGUACAAGGACACCGCCGUCAUCUCCCCGGGCUCCUGCAUGCCCUCGCUCUACGUGAGGAAGCAGAAGGCGCUGGAGGCCGAGCUGGAUGCGAAGCACCUAGCGGAGGCCUUCGAUACCAUGGAGAAGCAGAGCCUCAAGAAGCCCCUGAGGCACAUGGACAGCCUGGCGAAGGACUACGCCUCCGACUCCGGCUGCUUCGACGACGACGAGGUGCCCAACGUCUCGGCAGGGGCGGAGACCGGGAAUGCCUCCAUCCUCUCCAUGUUCCUCAACUCCUCCUUCCUCCAGGGCCAGGCUUUGCCCAGGGCCAUCGCCCAGCGGAGGGGCCCGGAGCCCGAGAAGGACGAGAGCAGCAAGCCGGCCGAGCCCAAGAAGCUGCCGUUGCCCGAGGAUGAGGUGUCGCUGGCGGCCGAGAAGCUGGCCAACAAGAUCUCCACCACGGUGGCCAAGAUCGACAAGCUGGUGGAGGACAUCUCCACCCUGCACACCUCCUCGGACGACAGCUUCAGCCUGAGCUCGGAGGACCACUGCCUUGACUGGCAGUACGGCUCUGAUGAGGUCCACGAGGCCCGGGCCCAGUCCUGCUCCCCGUGCCGCCUCUCGGAUGCCAGCAGCUUCGUGAAGCGGGAGAAUCUGAGCCGGGCCCACACCCUGCUGAGGCUGAAGAAGGCUUACACCAGCUUGUCCAACGACAGCCUGAACAGCGGCAGCACCAGUGACGGCUACUGCACCAAGGAUCACAUGAAGCCCUGCACCAGGGCCUCCUUCCUAGAUUACAAGGAGGAGCUGCAGAGAUACCAGAAGCGGCCCAGCAGGCUGGAUCUGAAGAACAUCCUCGUCCACAGGCCUGAGAGGAUGGAGCAGCCGGGGGUCAAGGUCAAAGAGUCUGGCGAGCCGGAGAAACUGGAUCCGAGAGACACGCAUGACAGGGCUAAGAAAGCGGUGACGUUCCCCAGCCCCAACGCCCCUGAGAAGGAGCCUGAGUGGAAGAAGGAGCCGGGUAAUGAGCUUUCUCCCGACCCUCAGGUCCACACCAUCAAACUCUCCCCUUCUUACCAGCAUGUCCCCCUGCUGGAGAACCUGGCCAAGAGCAGCCCGGCCCCUGGCGCCGUGGGGCUCUCGGGUGCUAGUUACCACCCAAUUCUCCCAGGCCGGAAGCAAGCCUGGCUCCCCACAGGGCUUCUCCAGACGGCCGAGAAUUUGAGCAAGAUCCCAGAGAAGCUGAUUGCCCACACGCCAGCCCCGGUGGAGCAGGAGUCAGUCCAGAAGUACGCGGUGGAGGACACCCCCAUUUGUUUCUCCCGGUGCAGCUCCCUCUCUUCCCUCUCCUCCGCUGACAACGUGCUGGACGGGCAGAGUCACAGCGAGAACGAGGUGGACAGCGACUCCUCCCUGGAGAUCAUCGAGGUGGAGGAGGGCGCCGAGGCCGAAGGUGACGUAGAGCAAGCCAAGGCCUGCGAUGGGAGACAGGAGAAGGUGAAGGCGGCGGAUCUGGGCCCAGCCACGCCAGGAGGGAUCUCCCAACCCAUCGCCAUCCCCUUCCAGAAGCGCGACAAGAUCUUCCUGAGGGAAUCGUCCCCAUCCCGGCACGAGGACCUGACCCCGUCCAGCUCCUCGGAGAACUACAUUCAGGAGACUCCUCUGGUGAUGAGUCGGUGUAGCUCGGUCAGCUCCCUGGGCAGCUUUGAAAGCCCAUCCAUUGCCAGCUCCAUCCAGAGCGACCCCUGUAGUGAGAUGAUCAGUGGCACCAUCAGCCCGAGUGAGCUGCCGGACAGCCCCGGUCAGACCAUGCCCCCAAGCCGCAGCAAGACGCCCCUGUUCGAACUGGGAUCCCAGCCGGAGAAGGAGACCAGCCAGUUCAACAUCCAGUGGGAAAACAACGUCAAGAAGUUCAUGGAGAUCACGGAUUUCAAGGAGCGUUUCCAGCUGCCCCAAGACCUGGACUCCAUGAUCUACUUCACGGUGGAGAAACCCAACGAGAACUUCUCCUGCGCCUCCAGCUUAAGUGCCCUGCCCCUUCACGAGCACUACAUCCAGAAGGACGUGGAGUUGAAGCUUAUGCCGCCUUUCCCCGAGAGGAACAGCCUGAAUUUCGUGGCACACGAGAAGCAGGAGGACAGGCGGGAAGAGAGAUUCGGGGAGGGCAAGAGGAAGCUGGAGCGUCCAGAGCUCAACUCAGACGAUGAUAUCGAGAUCCUGAAGGAAUGCAUCAACUCGGCCAUGCCUUCACGCUUCAGGAAGGUCAAGACCUCCCUUGUCUCCAGCCUGCCCAGCCAGGUCUUGAAUCCUCAGACCAAAAAGGCUCUGCACAUGCCGGUCUACAUGCUGGUGCCCACCCAUUCGCACCGGGGUGUCCCCAAACACCUGCGACCUGCCGCCCGGGACCUCUUCAAGGAUGACGACUCCUUCACCGACUCCGCAGAAGGCACUCCCAUCAACUUCUCCAGUGCCGCUUCCCUGAGCGACGAGACCCUCCAGUACCCGCUGAAGGAGGAGGUUGACCACAAGCGCGGCCCCGGGAAGAGGCUGGAGAGGAAGGAAGUGGCGGGGCCACCGGUGGGGCGCAAUAUGGAAGCACACCGUGAGCAAGGGAGCUUGAGUCCCGCGCCAGGCAGGAAAGCAGCUUCCAACUCCUCGACGCCCACCAAGAUGAGUACGGCCUACCAGCAGAAGGGUGGGUCGAGACAUGGCAGCCCUGUCCAGACAGGCAGGGGCCAAGCAGCUGAGGUGAAGAGAGGGCUACCUCCCCUGAAGAAUGGACCCAACCUGGAGCUGGACUUUGGCAGGGCGGGGGUCCACCCGGAGGGUGUCCCCCUCAGGAAGGGUGCUCCCUGUGAGAACAGUGCUCCCGGGGGUAUGGCCUUUCAAUCCCUGUGCCAUACCACGCCGACCGAGGAGGCCGUCUACUGCUUCUAUGAGAACGACUCCGACGACCUGCUGGAGGUGCGGAGAGACUCGCCUAAGAGGAAGGCCAGCCCUGCCCAGGCUCAGAAGAAGGAACGCUGGAGCGGCACCGCCCCUAAGAAGGAGCCGGAGCAAAGCUCCAGGCAGCUGCUGCAGGCCAAAACCAAGAUGGCCGCCAAACUCCACAACAACCUCAUUGUGGACGAGACGCCGCCCUGCUAUUCCCUCAGCUCCUCCAUGAGCUCCCUGAGUGACAUCGACCUCUGUGACCACGAGGAGCGGACAACCCUGUACAAGGCCAACAGGCAGCUGACCCUUAGCCGGAUGCAAGAGAGCGCAGCCUCUAGGGCCUUAGCCAGAGAGAGGGACACCUCCCCCAGCUCCCUGAGCUUCACCUCGGACGACGACCUGCUGCAGAAGUGCAUCGGCUCCGCCUUGCCCAGGAGGAGGCGGCACUCCGCUCGGCGCAGGAACGCCGAGCACAAGCAGAAGCUGAAAGGUGCCAACCCCAAGAGCGCCGCUGGCAAGGAACGGAAGCCGGAGCCGAGGCACAACCCAGCGGAUGAGAUGGUGUCCGACAAAGGCUCGGACCUGGACAGCGUCGAGUGGAAGGCCAUCCAAGAAGGCGCCAACUCCAUCGUCACGUGGCUGCAUCAGGCCGCAGCAUCCCUCUCCAGGGAGCCUUCCUCGGAGUCUGACUCCAUCCUCUCCUUCGUGUCAGGGCUGUCUGUUGGCCCCACCCUGCAGCUGUCCUUGGACAGGAAGGAUAAGAAGCGGGCUAGGAGUGGGGUAGGCCGUGAGGUGGAGAAGAGAGACCAUGCGAUGGUCUUUCAGGAGAGCAAGAAAGUGAUGGACGCCGGAGGCAGAAAUGCCAGGGCGGAGAAAAAUGUAAGCCGGCAGAAGCCAAUAUCUAACUUGCCAGUGGUCUUCCGAGGCAGGACAGUGAUCUACGUGCCCAGCGCAGUGAAGGACUCCCCGAGCCCCAGGUCCACCCCACAGAAAACAGCCACAACUAAGCCCGAAGCCACCAUCCAAAACCUCACCCUGAGCCAGCAGAGGUCACGAAGUCUUCACAGGCUGGGGAAGGCCUCGGAGAUGGCCGACCUCACCUUGCCCAAGAGGAGCGCCACCCCUCCUGCCAGGAUCACCAAGCCCCCCUCCUCGGGCUCCUCUAGGACCUCCACCCCCUCCCAGCCCACCCAGAAGAAGUUAACAUCGCCCUCCCAGCUCAACAAGCAACUGCCGUCUCAAGGGGUGAAGGUGGGCAGGAGCUCCCCAACAGGCUCUGCCCCCAAAGCGCCCCCGCAGAAAUCCCCAGCCACCAAGCAGCACAAGACCCAGAAAUCCCCCGUCCGCAUCCCCUUCAUGCAGAAGCCAAACAAGAAGAUGCUGCCAGCCAGGAGCUCCAUGCCGGUGCUGGAAGAGCACGUGGGCAGCCCUAAGUUGAAAGGCCAUGGGAAGGGCAUCCUACCGACUGCCCGGCUCAAUUUGGUGCGGAUGUCCUCGGCCAGGUCCAGCGGCAAUGAGUCGGACCGGUCCGGCUUCCUGAGGCAGCUCACCUUCAUCAAGGAGUCCUCUAGCCUCAUCAUGAGGCACCGCUCUGAGCUCUCCUCCUGCGAGUCCAUGUCCUCACUGUCUCAGAGCGCUUCCCCCAAGAGGAGCAGGCCAGGCCUCCCAGCUGUGUUCCUGUGUUCCUCCAGGUGCGAAGAACUCAAGGUGACCAAGCCGGUGGUGACCAGCCAGAGGCCAGUCAUCUCAAGGACCCCGGCCAACAACAAAACUUCUCCCAGUGAGAGGCCUCCUCGGAGGACCAGCUCCGAGAGCCCUUCCCGGCUGCCUGUGAAGACCAACACCCCCUCGCCCGAGCCCUUCAAGAGGUAUUCCUCCUCCCCCAACAUCAGCAUCAUCAAGAGGACCAGCAGCCCCUCCUCCGUCCUGUCCUCUUGCUCCGAGUCGUCAGCCAGGAGAAGGAAGAGCCAAGAGGCCUCCAAGCUGACCCCGAAUCCUGCAGUGGGGAACCCGGGGCAGCAGGACAAGCAGCAGAUGGCGAUGAUGAAGGGUACUUGGAGAAGGAUCCGAGACGAAGACAUCCCACACAUCCUCAAAAGCACCCUGCCUUCCUCAGCCCUGCCUCUGGUCAGCACCCUGGAGGAGGAGACCCCCAAAGCUCAGAUCCCCAUCCAGAGGAAAACCAGUGAUGCUGUGGUGCAAACUGAGGACUACCCCACCACCAAGACCAACUCCAGCACCUCUCCAACGCUGGAGACCCGGGAGAUGCCCAAGAGCGAGACAGAGUGCCUGACUUCGAUCAAGGGCACUGUGCCCAUCUCCUUCGGCCACGAAGGGCCGACUGGCUCUGUUGGGAGCUUCCCCUCCAGCAGGCACAGCUCUCCCAGUAGAUCCGCCCGGGUGACUCCCUUCAACUACGUUCCCAGCCCCAUGGUAGCACCAAUGAUCAACAACAAAUCGCUUGAAAAAAUGCCAGCUUAAGCCGCUAUUGCAAAUGCAAAGAACACCUCAACUUUGGUGAUAGUGUAUUAAGAAACGAACAAAGCCCCAGGCACUCUCCCUACUGCACCGCCCUAAGGACAAAACUCUUGUUCAUAAAGAGACAGAAGCAGCAGCGUUUUUGUCUUCUCGAGCUUAACAAACCAAGGAGGAACUUUUGCGUUGAUGUAACUGUUGGCCAGGAGGGUUGUGACAAUUUUGAUUGAGACACACAUAAACACCUGGAGAAAAGCAAGUAUUUACUCCUUUACUCUCUCCGCCCUUUCUUUUUUGUUUAAUGGAGCUUUGGAAGUUUUACCGUCGGGCACUGGGAAAGAACCAGGUAACUGCCCACUCCUAUCCCCCGACAUCUGUGUUCUGCUGAUGGCUGUGCCAGUGUCUUCUCUGCGAUGUCUGAUCACCAUACACUCUAGUUUAAGGAGAGGGAUUUUUAUCCGUGGAGUCUAGAUGGCCACAGGUGUCCUGCAGUGAAGCCUAUGGGAUGUCUUGAUGGCCUCACAGUUCACAGUUGUUGAAGAACUUUGAAGCAGCAAUCAGCCAACUUCCCCCCUAGACAGUCCAAUGCCAGGAGGGGCUGUAGGCCCAUUUUCUCCACGCUUUCAUUGAAGCACACUUGGGAUUUUCGAUCUGAGGACAACCAACAGCGGUCGUUGAUUCACUGGGGUCUCUCUAAGUUUUCUCAGGAGGUCGAGAUUUCAAAGGGAACUGGGAUUGCUGCUCUUUCUAGUUAAAAAAACAAACAAACCCAACCACCAAGAAUGCUUCAAGCAAAAGCCUUAAUCUUAGGUCUCAGCUGCAUGCUUUGUCUCACAUGUCGGCACUAAUAUCCAUGUAUCCAAAUAAUCUCAGCUAAUUUAUAGAAACACCUUCAGAAACCCACCCAUGGACCAAAAGCAGAGCGGGAGAGGGGUGGGGUGAGGGGAUCUGGGGAGGAUUCCACAAUGGGGAACAGAAGAAGGGCAGAACCUCCCCGUUACGGAACCAGCCAUUUGCGCAGCACGAGGCCUGUAAUUAUGGUGACUGGUUAAUCUGCUAAUGACUAACUUGCUGGGAUUGUGUUUGCGUUGGGUGUCACCCAGUGUCUGGGGGGAGCAGAACAGCACCUUAUUAUCGCCAAGGGAGGAGGGUUGUUAUGGAAACACUUCUCACGGCACAUGGGGGAACGCCAAGGAGCUGGGGUGAGGAAAGGCCAUUUUUGUUUUUUCAGCGGGUGAGGGGACGGGUCUGGGCGGGAGAGGCUGCUUUAUGCCGUUCAUCCUCUUUAUAAACUCAGCCCCACUAUGCAGGCUUUGCGCUAAAGGUGGGGCCAGAGGCGACUCCUAAUGAGCAUCAGGGCCUCCCUUUGGUAGUUAGUCCAGUUUGCUCUCCAACACCUCCCAGAGAAGGGGUGGGAGUCGCAGGCUUGGUGGGAUGUGAGGAAAGGAGUGAGGUCCGUACCAGUGCCCCUUGACCCUGGCCUCUGAGGCAGAGUUGCUCAUUGGGUGCCUAAUUCCAUAGGCAUGGAGUGGAAAUCUCCCCUUAAAAAUAUGGUCCUGAUUCUCGUGGUUUGACACCAGCAUCGCACCAUUGAGGUCAGUGGCAGGGGAGUGACUUCCUGAUUUGCAAACGGGAAACAGGAGGCAGAGAGAAAGAGGCACGUCUCUCUCUCUCUCUCCAUCCUCCCUCCUGCUCCCAAAGAUACUGUGCUUUAUAGGUACUCUGGGACUUGGGACUCCUUGUUUGUUUCAGGGCCUUGCCUGAUCAGAAGCAGAGGGGGUUGCCUACCACAUGUUUGGGCUUUGUUGUUACAGGUUUUGUCCAGCAUGGUCAGAUUUGGCUUUGAUUAAUGUUGCAAAGCUUGGAGGGGAACUGCCGACGUGGCUUCCUAGGCACAGGAGGGCAGAUUGCAGGGGCGGGGGGUGAAGUGGUAUUUUAAAAAAAAGAUGCGUUCUGAGGGUGUCAGUUUGGCCAGUGCCCGCUCUCUUUCAAGUGUUCUGAAUUAAUCAGAAUGCCAGAUUUUGUAUUUAAAUCUGCUGAAUGAGAAUUGUAGGGUAGGUUCCAAAGGAAUAGACGUUUGCAGGCCACCCCGAUCCCUUCACAGUAGCGAUGACAACGUGCAGGGUCUUUAUGACAGAGGCAGUUGUUCUUACCAGGUCAUGGCUCGAUUCCAAGGUGGGCUAUUCCAGUCCACCUCCCUAGAACUAUCCAGGCGUUCUUGAUUUCCAGGGCAUACUUGAUUUCCACAACUGGCAGUGUUGCUGUGUGCUGUUGAAAGGAGCCACCACGUUCAGCCCCAGAGGUGGCUUUAUUUCAGUGGCAGAUGAAGAUACUUGCAUAUAAAGGUGCUGUUGUAUGGGGCAAAAUGCUGGUCUCAUUGAAGCCUAUGUAAGUUUUGUCACUGACUUCCCAGGGGCCCCUAUUCAGUCUGUGCUGUGCAAAAUGCUUUGGGACCCUUUUGAAUGAAAGAUAAAGAUGGCUAUUUAAUAUCUGUAAUACAGUAGCAUCCUCAGUGCCCCCCCCCCCCCAUGGGUCGGGUGCCCCAAGACACGCUGUAGAAACAGGAGACGAUGGGCAGGAAGGGGACAGUGGGUUAGGAGAGUGCAGGUCGGAACAAGGACAGAGCAGAGCUGUUGCAGCCUUAGGUAGAAAGGCUGGCAGAAUGGCUGUGGCUUAGGACUGUGGACGGCUGGCAUCAAGGACUUGUUCUGUCACAGACUCCCUGGGUGACCGUGGCCCUCCUUGUGCCUCACUUCCCCAUCUGUAAAAUAAGGACAUAGCCCUGCCUCCCAGGGAGGUUAUGAGGAUUAAACGCGGUAAGUUGCCCAGGUGAUAUGGUAAUGGGGUGGGGGUCAUAUACAUACCAGCUCCAAUGGAGAGUGAGAGUCAUACAAGGUACUCACUGAAAAUACUAAACACUGGGGGGGGGACGGGGGACGACACAUUUUCAAAAGUAUCUCAGUGGCUUAGGAGCACAAGGGCUUCUCUAAACCUGGAGCAACUCAGGAACAGCUAUUCAGGAAGACUUCCAUGUGUGGACGCUCUUAUUCACUUUGGAAGUGGGGCAAGUUCAACAGCGCCACCACAGUUGUAGUCCGGAAUGAGAGGCUGGCAUUCACAAAGGGGACGUGUGCAUCUAACGGCCCCACUUUGGAGCUGCAUGAAAGGCCCUUGGCCCCGACAUUUUAAGUCCUCAAGGUGCCAAAAUUUCCAGUUUUUCAACAGAAACCCCCUCCCCCACCAAAAUUCCAGUUUUUGAUUAAAAACCUCUCAAAACAGAAACACGUGACUGAAAAUGGACAAUGUGUCACCCAUAAGGGCUGCAAAAUAUUGUUUCUUUUGAUUUUUUUCAUGGAAAAACCCUUCCCCAGCCACUCUACUAAGCCCCUGACGUUGCUUUCAGGAGCUAGGCAGAGCCUUGUAGGCCGUUCAAAAUAUAGACGUGUCAUAUUUUGGAGUGACGCUAGGCUUGGCGAAAAGACAGCCCUGUAGCUGAAAGGCUCCGGUCGAUCACAGAGCAGGGCAGUGGCUGGGCAUCGCCCAUGUGCCUGGGGUGGACUGGCAGCCUGGCAGAUAGGCCCCCCCAUCAGUGCCACGGAUGGUUUUUAUGGGGUGGAGAUGGGUCCACUAAGAACUGGACUAAAUCCACCAAGGCACAGCCUUCCCCUCCCCCCCCAACAGCCAUUGGAUGGGCUGUGUGAGACCAGGAGGGCCAGCCUGUACCUCUUCUCCCCCAGCAGCUGCUAAAUACAUCCUGCAGCAGGAAGUUCCCUUACAUGUUUUUUCCCUCCUUUCUCUGGGCGUUUUGAAGCAGUGCUGAAAGUGGAGGCCUGGCCUGUGUCUGAGGCCUGGUGCUGUGCUCUUUAUGUUGUCCGCACUCAGUGUGCGAGCAGGGGAAGUGUAGGGGUGGGGGGUCCUGGCCCCCUAUAGCAAGCUCCCCAACUUGAGUCCAGCCUGCUAGCCUUGUCAGCCAGGCCCUGCUCUGCAAAGCUACACAGCGAAAACCACCUCGGGUUUGGGGUUGGCUGGCUUGGGGUUGCUGUGGUGAUUUCCACCCAUGCACACUGGGUGUGAAAUGCCACCAAGUUGGAACCGCAGCAGUUUCCCCCUUGGCUUUGCAUGGUUUUGAGUGACGCCCCAGGUGCCAAAAAGAGCAAAGUGGGGCCAGCUUCUUGCCCCGAACAAGGCCACUUGCUUUGCCCCCUGCCUGCCUCACUAGCGGUAGACGAGCUAACGCUCCCGCUUCCCUCUCCCUGGGGAGCGGUGGGUUAAUUCGCUUUGGAAGGGGCUUGAGUCACAUGUGUUGCAACUCUUGUUACAAAAAUGAAGCGGGGGGCAGAACGGGGCUGCUGGGGCACCUUACCGUUGUGGGGCCUGGCAUGCAGCUGAUGGGGC